CACCCAUACAUGUUGACUGACUAAUAAGAUAUAAUUGUGAACAAGUAUAUUAAUGAAAUUAUGAACAUUGGAGUUUUUUGGCCCAAUGUACAUGAAAUGUACAGUAUAUGGAAACAGCAAAAAAUAUACAUGUACCAUACAUAAAAAUGGACUAUUGACAUUACUUGGGAUUUAGGCACUUACACCUCCAAUGUAAAUCCAACAUUAAAUAGAGAAAGUUUAAUCAUUGAUUUUACAUGUGAACAUUUUGGUAUUUUCUUCCUGUCUGGAGACAACAGGAUCAUGACGAAACUUUGGUAAGCUGCAAUUGGCUGCCAAGUUUACCAGUCACACCACUUAACUAAUAUCUUUUCACACAAAGCAGCACCUGCGACUUUCUCACACUCGGCAGCCUCCAGCGUAUGCACGCUGUGGACUUUGGAAAACCCAUUUGGCAUUUGCAGACCUGUUCUGUUGGAUCCACCCAACCAAAUUAGUUUCAUAGGCCUGAGCAUGAGGCUGCAAUGGGCCGGCUUUUUCCUGGAGGCUUACCUGAUGUUGGCGGCCGCCAUGUAUUUUGAUCUGGGCGAGCUGGAGGAGCGAUGCAUCAUCGAGGAGAUUCCCGAGGGCAUGCUGGUGACGGGACAUUUCCUGGUGCAGCCCUGGGACUUGAAGUCCUCCACGCACUCACCUCACCUUGGCGUUACUGUGACGGUCCGAGACCCCAACCAUGAGAUUUUGAUGAGCAAGCGCUACGGCAUCUUUGCAAAAUUCACCUUCACGGCGCACGCGUCUGGUCAGCACUUUCUCUGCUUCCAAACCAACUCCACUAGUUUCUCCGUCUUUGCUGGAGAACGUUUGAAGUUACAUUUGGAUGUUCAGAUUGGUGAGCAUGUGAUGAAUCCGAAAGCCGACGGAACCAAGGACAACCUGAAGAUCCUGGAAUACAGCCUGCAACAUCUCAUUGAUCAGAUGGUGUAUAUCACCAAGCAGCAGGAUUACCAGCGGGAAAAGGAGGAGGCCUUCCGGCAUAUCAGUGAGGACACACACAGUACCGUGCUGUGGUGGGCCUUGGUGCAGACCUUUCUCCUGCUUUCGGUCGGUUUCUGGCAGAUGAAGCGGCUCAAAGAUUUCUUUAUCGCCAAGAAGCUCGUCUGAUCACCACUUGCCAAUCACGGGAACAUCACUUGUUGUCAUUUAGUUCUAGUACAUUAAGGCCAUGAUGAUUUGUUUUGUAUUUAGAACUCUCAUUGACAGUUGUAUUAUCACUUGUGAGGCAGCAUUUCAUCACCAAACCACAAAAAUAAACACGUCAAUCAGUGUA